AUGGAUGCGUUUGCGCAAAAGUCGCAGGCCUUCCAGGACUGGUUCAAGUCCCUGCCGGGCGCGACCUUCCAUGAUCACAUCAGGAUAGCGGAUCUGCGGCCCCGGCACGCUGGACGCGGCAUAGUCGCCACCGCCGACAUCGAGCCCGACACGGUGCUCUUCACCAUCCCGCGCAGCAGCAUCAUCUGCGCCUCCACCUCCGAGGUCGUGAGGCAGCUGCCCGCCGUCUUUGCGCCCCCGGCCGACGCCACCGAGGAUGGCGAGGCCGACGACGAGCACGAGGACCGCUCGCAGGACUCGUGGACCUCGCUCAUCCUCAUCAUGAUCUACGAGCACCUGCGCGGCGACGCCUCGCCCUGGAAGCCCUACCUCGAGGUCCUGCCCACCGAGUUCGAGACGCUCAUGUUCUGGUCCCAGGACCAGCUGCGGCAGCUCCAGGCCAGCUCGGUGCUGGCCAAGGUCGGCAAGGAGGAGGCCGACUCGAUGAUCAGGAGCAAGAUCCUGCCCGUCGUGCAGGAGCACGCCGACGUCUUUUACGCCGGGGCCGGCGCCAGGCUCAGUGAGGACGAGCUCCUGGCUCUCGCUCACCGGAUGGGCAGCACCAUCAUGGCCUAUGCGUUUGACCUCGACAAGGACGAGGACGAGGAAAGGGGCGGAGAGGAUGAGGAUGAUGAGUGGGUUGAGGACAGGGAGGGCAAGACUACGAUGGGCAUGGUGCCCAUGGCGGAUAUCCUGAAUGCCGAUGCCGAGUUCAACGCACACAUCAACCACGGAGAGGACGCACUGACCGCUACCGCAUUGCGCCCUAUCAAGGCCGGCGAGGAGAUCCUCAACUACUACGGCCCGCUGCCUAACAGCGAGCUUCUCCGCAGAUAUGGCUACACCACGUCCCGGCAUCACCGUUACGAUGUGGCCGAGCUGUCAUGGGAUUCGGUGUUCGCGUCCCUCAAGUCGCUCAUCAACCUCUCCCCUCAAGAAUGGACACAAAUCGCCGACUCCAUCGAACCCGAAGAGCUAGAGGACAGCUUCAUCCUCGACCGCAACCUCGACGAGGCCGACUCCACGGGCCUCUUCCCCGCCGGUGCCGCCAGCGGCCAGCCCGCCGUGCUCACGGAGCUGCCCCACGAGAUGGACGAGCAGGUCAAGAUGCUCCUCAAGGCCGUCAAGCACGUCCGGCCCGAGUCCGUCCCGGACAAGACCCGCCGCGACGAGAUCUACCUCACGGCCGCGCAGGCCGCCCUCGACGCCCGGCUCGCCGAGUACGAGACGAGCGCGGACCAGGACCGCGUCCUGCUCGACCAGGCCGUCGCCGCCGGGGACAGCCGCCUGCGCGACGCCGUCGAGGUGCGGCUCGGGGAGAAGGUCCUCCUGCUCGAGGCCAGGCAGCUCGUGGAGCAGAAGCUGCGGAGCCUGGCGGACCAGAACGGCGACGCGCGGGACGCCAAGCGGCAGAAGAGGUGA